AUGAAAUCAAACACACCUCUCAAAAAAGGGCAUGUUUCUAAUAAACCGUGGCUUGUUUCAGUUUUAUUCCCCUAUUACUUCCCUGUAUCUGCUGCUUCCUGGCCAAGGAACCAUGCGCUGGUUUGGUGCCAAGACCACGCCGCCUUUUGCCUCGGCUCCGCAGCCUCCCGCGUGCUGCGGCAGGCCCAGGUCACAGAAACCACGCAGGAAAAGGAUCCUGCAGCGGUGGCGGCUCCUGUGACCGAGUGCUUUUUGUUUACUAACCGCGCUCCCUCUGUACCGGGGUGUAUCUGGGGGCUCUCCGAGGAUCUGUUACCCCGGAAUCCGAACCUCUCUCUCUCGGUGUUAACUGAGAUAAUAGCUACUCAGGAGCUUAAAAUACUUCUAGUUGGUUUGGAUGCUGCUGGUAAGACAACUAUUCUUUAUAAACUGAAGCUAGGAGAAAUUGUCACCACAAUUCCCACUAUUGGUUUUAACGUGGAAACAGUAGAAUAUAAAAACAUUUGUUUCACAGUUUGGGAUGUUGGUGGUCAAGAUAAAAUUAGACCUCUUUGGAGGCAUUAUUUCCAAAACACACAGGGCCUCAUUUUUGUGGUAGACAGCAAUGACAGAGAGAGGAUCCAGGAAGCAGCAGAAGAGCUGCAGAAAAUGCUUCAGGAGGAUGAGCUGCGAGAUGCAGUGCUGCUUCUGUUUGCGAACAAACAAGAUCUGCCAAAUGCCAUGGCAAUCAGUGAAAUGACAGAUAAACUAGGUCUUCAGUCUCUGCGUAACAGAACUUGGUAUGUCCAGGCUACCUGUGCUACGCAAGGAACUGGUCUGUAUGAGGGACUUGACUGGCUGUCAAAUGAACUCUCAAAACGCUAACUCAAACUGGAUGACUCUUUCACCAGGGACAUGUUUGAUAUAAGUGGUCUAGGCUUGUUACAACUGAGUUAGUUUGCAUCUUGGUUAUUACAGUAUCUGGAACUGAUAUUUGGGCAGAAUAUUACAGCGUUUCAACUUAUUUUGUUGCCAAUUAUUGUUUACCGAGCUACAUGUUGCAAAGGUAGCAAUAUGCUUGGGUAAAAAUCUCCUUAACUUGGAAAAAGUGUAUCUUCUGAUUUUAUUGCCCUUGUUAGUCUAAAUGCCUGAAUAUAGUUAUUGUGACAUCUUUCAGAUCUGUUUUGAAUACUCUCUUGAGCCCAAAUAAAUUAAUGUUUUAAUUUUUUUUUCCUCCCUGCUACUUUUAGUUUACUGAUGCCCUGUUUCAUUCCUCAGACAGUCUGCUGAUUUAAAAAUGUAGCAUUCCGUAUGUAUUUAUUUCUCUCCCUUGCCAAAAAGAAUUCCUAAUACUGCUUGUUCCAGCCAAGGAAAUGCUCUAAAACACUAUACAAAUCUACUGCACUGAGGAACAUUUUAUUAAUCCUUGGGUCUGUCAGCCCAACUUGCCUUUGUGUGAAUUGGAUUUGAUGGGUAGAAUAGUUCUGUGCUGGUUGCGAAGAGCUCAUGUUGAGGUUGUUUUUAAUAUUCAGCAGAUUGUCUUCCUUUCUAUUGUAUCUUUUUUUUUUUUAUGUUGCAUGUUGCUUUUUGGUAUCAGCCUGACUAUUUUUGCCCAGUGUAUAAUAGUUCUGCUGAAGUUUUACUGUUUGUUGGUGAACAUAUCUUCAUAAAGAAAUUUUGGAAAAUUCAUCAAACUCAAUGGAUUAGUUUCUUCAUAACCCACUUGGAAUUAUUCCUAAUAAAAUGAUAAAAUGUAUAGUUCUGUGUAUGCUCUUCUUGUUUCCUGAAAUAGUUGAACUGCAAGUUACCACUAGUGAGCUUUCAUGCAGCUUGAAUGUGAACAUCAGUCUCAGAUUUUCACUUGUUUGGAGCUAUGUAGUGCGGGCCAUGGAAGGUGGGCAACAAAGCUGUAUACAGUGCAGUAGUGUAGCUGUCAUCAAGACUUAUACAAUUCUGUAAGUGUCUUUUGAAGUUGUGAAUCUAAAACUCCCUUUAAGAUAUCCAGAUAUGAAAAUACUAAUAGUUACAAAAAUUGUAAUAAAACAAAUAUGAUCUGCCUGAAAAGCA